CGGAAAUGGCCGAACAUGACGUCACGAGCAUGGAAAACAGGGAAUGGAAGAGGCGCAGAAACAGUCAUGGCGACCCUGAAUAGUAGCAUAGAACGCUGUAGGGGCCAGCCCUGGGCCGUCUGGGCCGAUACGGCUCCCACCGCCGAUGGAGAAGGCUCCGAUCUGGAGGAAAAUUCGGUCCCCGGGCGCGAAGUUGUCCGCUUCAAGAAAGAAGACAUGCGGUACUAUGGUGUGCGUCCCAUGGAGGAUGAGGUUGUGCUGGUGGUGUGCGAGCGUUGCGGCCAGGUGGUGAAACCCCAGGCUCUGCAGUACCACAUAGAGCACCGACAUGGCGGUAAAGACUCGGACACGUCGUCCAUGCGUUCCGCGACCAUGAUCCCGACGGGCCGCCCUCCAGGUCUGACCUCACCUCACCAUGGCAACCCCCGCCCGUCUCUACCCGCCAACAGGACAGCGAAGUCCGCCGGCAUGAAGCUGAACCACCUGGUGCCGGUGGUGGCGCUGGACCGGGCCUCCGACCUCACCGCGCUCAAGAAGUCUGCCUCCACCGCCCAGGCAACAACCAAGAAAUCCAGCAAUAGCAAAAAGUCCACUUCCUCCUCAUACUCUUCCAAAAGUAGCUUCGACAAGGAGAGAAAAAUACCUCUGAAAGACCGAGAGUAUGACCCCAACAAGCACUGCGGUGUCUGGUUACCCGACAUGAAGAAGCCGUGCACGAGAUCAUUAACAUGCAAAACACAUGCCUUGUCCCUCAGAAGAGCAGUGCCACAGAGGAGAAAACCAUUUGACGAGCUGCUGGCAGAACACAAGGCGCGAGCGCGAGAGAGGGAGCGAGAGAAGGAGAUGGAGAACAAGCUAAAGGAGCAGCAGCGGUUAGCCUCGCUCUCAGCCCACUCCGCAGCCUUCGCCCCCGAGAUUGUGCCUCAGAAAAUCACAUCCCCCACCAAAUCCACCCCACGAACCUCCCCGGGGGUCAACUCCGUAUUCCAAAGGCCAUCAUUCCAGCCCUCAGGACAGCCUGCUGACACCAGGCACGUCUCCCCGGAACCCAAGGCUCGCCCUGGCAGUGAUGGGGAGGGGGAGGAGGAGGCAGAUAGCAACGAGAACCUGGACUGUCCCCACAUACUCAACCACCCUAGACCCGCCACUAUGUGUGCAUUCGGUGCUCGGAGGUUUGGGAAGGGGUGUUACAUGUUCAGCAGGAGGACAGACUUGUUGAGAUCGGCGUUCACAGCAUUGUUAGAGCGGCAGCUACACUCACCUCCCCUCAAGAGACCAGCAUCAGAGCCAGUCGAGUCCCUGCACCAGUCCACCACAGAGCACCAGGAACCUCCGUUUGACCCCUACGACCCCUCGCGGAUAGGGCCAACGUUAGACCUGGGCUACAAGCCUCCCCUGUUAGCACAGACCUGGGACCUGCCACUGGCCAAGCCAGUCCCACCCAGCUCCAACAAGUCCUCCAAGUCCAAGAAGACAAAAGAUUCGGGCUCCAGCAAGAGCAAGAAGAAGAAGUCGAGUAGUGGGGGCGGUUCUUCUGCGCCGCCCGACGUCAGCCUUAGCAUGAACAAUUCUGGCGUUUACCUCACAAGUGCAAACGGGGCAGUUUCUCUGUCCACUCCAACUGGGUACACCAUCAGCAGCAAUAUCCCGCAUAUCACCACACAGGCGGCCACCAAGGAGCACCUGGCCAGACUAGGCAUGGCCAAGGGCACCCCGGCCAUCUCCACCACUCUGGGGGACUCCAUAAAAGGUCUCAGCAUCGUGGUCACCAAUAUUGACCCCCUGGUCAAUGGGCAGGUUAUAAACGUGGGCAGUGGCAUGGUCCAAAGGACUCCUAGUCGAGAGAGCGCGAGUGGUAACUCCGCAGGCGCCAUAUGCAGCACAGGUAGUGGUAGUAGUCACGCAGCAAGCUCUAGUGCCAAAUCUCGCAAGAGAAGCAGCUCGUCAAGUUCCAGCGCCAAGUCAAAAGGCGGUAGCAAGCCAUCCAAUGGAACUCACUCACACAAGUCCGCCAAAAGCUCGGGACAGACUCAGGGUGGGGUGGGGAAUGCAGCGGGCGGUCGAGACGCGGGGAUUGGUGUCGGGAACAAUUCUUUCUCUCCUCUGCAGCCCAGUCCUUCCACUACACCCAGUCCCCUCUUCAGACCAGGUUCCAUCAGCCCUCAGAUUGCAGACAGUUCACCGCUACCCAACGGCAUUGGUCCGUCUCCGCCGGGGGUCAGUAUGAAGGGCUUCCCUCCCACCAUCAACCACUACCAGAACGUCAACGUCAUCAGCCCCGGCCAACACAGCUCCUCCCCCAGCCCCGGAUCCACAGACGUCUCACCAAGCAAUAGUGGACACAUGUCGAAUAUUGCCAAGUACAGCCAAAGUACGAGCGCCUCAGCCUCCUCUAUGCGCGCCAACGCCCAGUUCCAGAAGCACAUCGCCAUCGCAGCUCACAAACAGCACCUCGACCAACACAGACGCUCCCCCAGCCUCGCAAGUAAGUCCUCCCAUAGCAACCAACAUACCAUCUACAACCACCAAGUGUACUCGGGGGGUCAGCAGAGGCCAGGAGGGGGAGCCAAACAGCCCCCACCCCCCUUCCCCUUGCAGCAGGGACUUCUGAGAGUGCCAAUCUCACAGCAGAGUACGCAGGGAGGGAUGGCAGUGACAGGAAUGGCCCAGGGACUGUUCCUUCAGCAGCCGCAGAGACAGAAGCUGUUCUCCCAGGGGGAGGAUGGCCAGCAGACUCAGCAGCCAGCCAAUGCCAUGUGAUCCCCCCACCCACAAGGCCCCAUAGUCUCCCACUGUACUACUUGUGUCCUACCAGUGUCUUCCACUGCCACGAAUUACACAGACACGUAAUGAAGAAAAGGGGAUGUUCAAAACCGAACCAGUUGAAGAGCGUCUUAGAAUCCUGAAGAAAUCUGCAUUGUGUCUCCUUAAAGUUGACCUCUCCCCCUCAGUCUGUUUCUUCUCCUUGAUCAGCCAGUGUUAGGUCGUUGUCAUGGUAACAGGGUGAGUUGAAUGUGACUUCCAGAUAUGACAUAACCUUGCUGUAGACUUGAGCGCUUCUUGCAAUGUUUUCAUUAUUUUCUAUAGGUUUGGAGGGGGGGGAUAAGACAGCUCAGAAAGAUUUACACCCAGUGAGUGUGGCCAACAAAUAGAGACAAUGACCACUUUUCUAUUUUUCAACGAUCUUUGUUUUUAUUACAACCCAUACCUUCUACUAAAAUCUCAACAGGCUGCUUUGGUCUGUUUGCGACAAAUGUUAGUUUGGCUGCAUUUGGAAAAUUUGGAAUUCUUAUUACCGGUACAUUUUCUUGUCAAAUAUUCCAAAAACUGCUGACAUUCUAACAGAUGAUCAGCACAUAAUGAAGAGAAAACCAUGCAUUUUCAUGCAAUUGAAAAAGGACUUCCCAACAUGAAAUGUAGAAAAAUCUCUGUGUAAAUCCUUUCCUCAGUCAUGCUGGAAUUCAGCAUCCAAGUCACCCUGGCAUGGUCGAACCACCACUGUCAGCAUACCCCGGGCCUAAUCAUUGGGCUCGCUCUGGCAGGUAUGCAAACUAGGUAAGUUGGGGGAGUCCACUUUCUACAGUUGCCUUAUAUCAACACUGUCCCAGUACAGUUGGACCAUUCCACAUCCCAGGAACACAAUAGGACACACGAUAACCCCAGUCGUUUGAAUCUGACAACCCAUUUGAAAGUGAAGUUCUCUCUCCACAACCAAAUACUUUGUCUCACCUACCAAAGUUUCCGCAACUUGCCAGCUGCCUUCAGUAUGGCAUAACAAAUUCUGUUGACGAAACUUUGGCAGAUGAAGAAAAAAACUUGUGGAAAGACCUUUCCUUUCCAAUGGGGUACCAGUGUGAUGAAGCUAUCCAUGGCUGUGAGACCCGCUCUAGUCCCUCCCUGUUGCUCCUACAAAGUGCUUUGGCCAAUGGGAGAUUUUUGCCCCUUGGGAAUUCUGUACAGAUACUGGCGGCUGCCUGAAUAGGGUCAUCUGGGGACACCGUAACUUAUUCUACAGCUUCCGGAUGACAAGACGGCUUGUUGGCCGCCCGGAACCAUCACAAGCAAAGACGUAUAUUAAAUAUAGAUCCCCAGGUCUCUCCAGGUGGCACAGCAGAGGAGUCUAGAACAAACUUUAGUGUAAAAUGUCUAUAUUUUUAAAAUUAUCAAUAAAUUAAGACCCAGUUGCCACUCGUGUAAUACAAUCAAUGUUGAAAAAGCUAUUUUGUCAAUUCCCAAGUUGUAACUCUGUACAUAUUUAAUAUGUAUUUUUUGCACAAAGUUUAUGCGCAGUUACUUCUUUGGGUAAAUAUUUGGCAUCUAAGUUUAUUUUAUUUAUUUAGGACAACGUAUUUGUUACUUGAAAUGAUUUUGCAGGCAAGGACGUAUGUAUCUCAAUUUUGUCGUGUUAUAACGCCAGGAUUUAUUAUAAAAAUGAAGAAAAUAGUGGAAAGUCCGAGUGACCUCCACUUGGAUUGAGAAAUUUGUAUACCAAAUAACUGUAUCGAGACUUCUGAAUUAUUUAAAUCGCUAGACUUGUACUGCACUAGGGCUAGCUAGUAUUUAAUGCUGAACUUAUUUACCAUAGGAAGCCGUCAGAUAGGAAAAAUGUUUUUGUCACCAAAGUUUCCUUUUGUAUUGUAACAAUGCCCAGUCUUGAGGAUUACAUUGUUGUUACUGAACAAGCAUCUAUAUUGUACAAAUAUCGAUGGUAUGAACUUUUCCGAAAAAAAUGUUAAGAAUAGGAGGUCCUGAAUACAGUAUCCUGUUUGUAUAUAUUCAUUUGUAGGCAACAAUACUUUCAAUGUUGACAGAAAAAAAUAUUAUCAUGAAAAAAAAUCUCAUUGCGCCUUGAGAGGUAUAAUGGCACAGGUGACAAUGGCGUCACAGACGUGCGAUUUCCCCAUGUUGUACAGAACCGCUCCCAGAACUGUCUACUUAUGUUCAGCUGAUUAUCUCAUUUCUCAGUUUUGUACCACUUUUUUUGUUAUUGUUUAAGAAGAACAGAAUUGCGAAGGAGAAAGUUCAGCGGGGAGCGUCCUUUCCAAGCAAUCGGUUCUGGUGAGACGCCGGCUCUAUGUGAUAAUCAGGUAGACGGGCGUCCCCAGGCAGAGACCAAACGCAGUGGGUUCGUGUGCCAUGUUCGGAGAACCCACACAGGCGCCGGUCGGCAGCCGGGGAGGGCAAAUAACAGAUGACUUACAGAAACAACGUAAAGACAGGAAAUGCACGGACAGACAGACAAGUAACAAACCGACGGACAGACGUGUGGACAUGUGACGCACAGACAUAUGACUCACUGAAGACUACGCAAACCUUUCUUCCACCCUGGAGUGUGUCUCCUGCCUUAAGCUGCUUCUAGAGUUCAACAUUAUGUUUCCUUUUGACGCUUUGUUUUAUUUUAUUUUUGUUAGUGGAAUUUCAGUCCUUUGGGUAGAGUUUUGAAAGAAGUCCUUCCGUAGGUUCGGAUAUGAUUGUUGCUGCUUUUGUACAUAUCAGUAUCAGCCAGUGAACUGGGUCCUGUCUUGAAGAAACCGAAAGUUUGCCCUCCUCGUCUGCCGCGCGCGUGUCCAUGUGACGUUAGAUCUAGACAAUUUACUGUCAUGUCUUUUCCUCUUUUCCUGUGGCAAAAAAUCCCCAGUACCCGACUUUUUGUAACUCCCUGUAAAUAAAAUUUAAUUUAUACCUGUUUA